AUGAAUGUGAAGCUGCAAUCUCCCAGCAUGCCUCUCCAGCGCUUCAUCACGUCCGUGCGACGCUGUCGCGAUGCAUGUGAAGCUGCAAUCUACCAGCAUGCCUCUCCAGAGCUUCAUCACGGAGAGCCUACACCCAGGGAGACGACGCAGGACGCGCUCCCUGCACCAGAAGCGCCGCCGAGCAGAGUCACGAUGAAGAGCCCGCUGCACACCGCCAUGGUCCGGUUCCCGCUGCUCUUGACGUUGGGCCUCGUCCUCCCGAGGGAGGUGGCAGUUGUUCACAUCCCCCAGGCGGGGGCUCCUGGCCUGGGAACUGCGGGGCGGAAGGCUGGACACUGCCCCGCCUUGGAGGAGAACACGGUCCGGGUGGACAUGCGCAUCCUCAGGCAGAGCCAGGGCACCGCCGUGCUCCAGGACUUCCAGAACCGCUCCACCUCCCCGUGGGAUUACAACGUCACCCGGGACCCUCACCGCUUCCCCUCGGAGAUCGCUGAGGCCCGGUGCAGACACGCGGGCUGUCUGGACGCCCAGGGGCGGGAGGACAGCUCCAUGAACGCCGUGGCCAUCCAGCAAGAGAUCCUGGUCCUCCGGAGGGAGCCCCAGGGCUGCGCGCACUCCUUCCGGCUGGAGAAGAUGCACGUGUCUGUGGGCUGCACGUGCGUCCGCCCCGUGGUUCACCAGGUGGUCUGA